AUGCGCUUCCACUGCUUGGGCGUCGGGUCCAUCGGCUCCCUCCUCGCGACCAACCUCGCCCACCUCCCUGCGACUCAGGUCCGCCUCAUCCUCCGCCGCAAGGACAUCGCCCAGCAGCUCCUCAACCCGUCCACCUCGACCUCGACCGCCAGCUCGACCGGCCCCGCCACCGACCCCGACGGCUGUCCGACCGGCACCCUCACCGUCGAGCGCAACGGCCUCGCGCGCCGCACGACCAACCUCGAGAUGGAGCUCACGCGCUCGCCGCAAGACGCGUGGGACCAGGACUCGUUCAAGUCGCCGUCGUCGUCGCGCCACCACGCCCGCAUCGACCCGCGCAUGUGGAACCGCCAGGACAUGAUCCACACGCUCGUCAUCUCGACCAAAGCGCCCUCGACCCUGCCCGCCCUGCGCCACCUCCUCGGCCGCAUCACGUCGCGCAGCGUCAUCGUCCUGUGUCAGAACGGCAUGGGCGUCCUCGAGUCGCUCCUCGAAAAGUACUGGCCCGAGGACCGCUCGGACGCGCUCGAGGGCCAGGGCGACGCCGCGAGCCGCAGCCGGUGGGGCGACCUCGGCGGCCGCCCGAGCUUUGUCUGCGCGACGACGACCCACGGCGCGUGGCGCAAGGCGCCCGGCCAUUUCGUCCACGCCGGCCUCGGCGACCUCAAGUUUGGCGUCCUCCCGAACCGCGCCGUCCUGUCGUCCCUCGCCGAGUACCCGAGCCCGUCGUGGGGCGACCACGCCGACAACCCGCUCCUCAACCCGCGGUCGCUCGUCCAGCCGACGCUCGAGCACCUGCCGUACACGCCCGCGACGGCCAACCUCCACACGACCCUGUCGUCGCUCCUCGCGUGCAACGAGCUGCACCCGGCGUGGCUCCCCCUGCCCGCCCUCCAGGUCGCCCAGCUCCAGAAGCUCGCCGUCAACGCGAGCGUCAACUCGCUCACGGCCGUCGUCGGCGUCAACAACGGCGCGCUCGUCGGGAGCCAGAAGGCCAAGCGCCUCAUCGAGGCCGUGUGCCGCGAGUGCUCGGACGUGUUUGCCGCACAGCUCGCCGUCGAGGAGGGCACGUGGGCGCCGCCACCACCGGCGUACGACCCGUCGUCGCCCUCUCGCGAGGAGGAUGACUCGGCGCCCCAUUCCUCUUCUCCUCCCUCUCCUCCUCCUCCUCCACCAGCCUCGCACCCUCCUCCACCCGCCCUCUCACCCUCACACCCCCUGUCCGCCCUCUCCCUCCUCGACUACACCCAGCGCGUCCUGUUCAAGACGGCGCCCAACCUCUCGUCGACCCUGUCGGACCUCCUCUCGCUCGACUCGGGCGCGCCCCACACCUUUUCGCUCGCGCACAACGCCCCCUCGCUCCCCUCGCGCACCGAGAUCGAGUACAUCAACGGGUACGUCGUCGCCCUCGGCCGCAAGUACGGCGUCCGCACCGAUACGGUGCGCGCGCUCGGCGAACUCGUCCUCCUCAAGGAGGAGAUGGGCCGCGUCGGCGCCCUCGACCGCGUGUGGGCCAGCCGCAAGGGCCGAGAGGCGCCGCCCAACUCGGCCCAGGAGCGCGCACGGAGCGCGUCGUCGUCGUCGUCGUCGUCGAGGGAGACGAGCCCGGCACGACGACGAGCAGGAGGAGGCCCGAGCGCGCCUCGACCAGGCUCGAGCCCAGAGGCGGGGCGCAGCAUCUUUGGCGGCGGGCGGGCGUCGUUGUCGCCGUCGCCGUCGCCGUACGAGCGAGGGGCAGAGCAGAUGGCGCACUCGAGGGAGCGGCGAGAGGAGCGCGCGAGGAGCAGGAGUCGGAAUCGGAGCGAGGAGGAGGGAGGUUAGCUAAACGAACGAGCAGCAGCGCAACAUCGCAUUUUCCGC